AUGCUCGAAGUUCUCAGUCGCACUGACCUCGGAUACGUCUGGUACCCUUCGCUCAAGGAGUCUGACACAACGCUGAAGUUAAAUACCACGUGGGAUGACGCACGACUACACGCGAGUGAAGUCUCGCAGGCGAUGAAGGGAUUCCUCCAUGCUACAGCAUGGCUAUCAAAGCCGGAGAACUGGGAACGACCAGCGAGGGAAUGCAGGUUUGAGAUUACAGAUGUGGGACCAGUGAAGUGCUACCGUCGAUAG